GUGGCUCCGCCUGGGCGCUGCUUUUUUUUUGUUUGCAGAAACGCUUCUACGGUUGUUGUUGUCUACAAUCUACAACUCCCCCGCCGAAUCUGCCACUGUACGCUGGGAACGACGUUGACUGAGUUAAAACAAUAAGCUGGAGGUAUGAUUUCCUCAUGAAUUUUCUCACGACCAAAACGAGGGCUCCCUGCUGUGCGAUGUGCCCCGGUUCGCCCUCCGUCCUGAGCAGUUCGUGUCGCUCAACUGCCGCUGUGAAACGUCGUCCUCUGGAUCUCCAACGCGCUGUUGGCUCAGCUGCUGGGUGAAUUUUCUCUUGUCUGGCCAUGGAGCCUCCGACCAAACGACCCCGCCUGUCCCUCACAGGCGGUUCGAAGCACGCCCCGGACGAUCUGGAUCUGCAAGAGGCACGCGCAAGAAACGACCGACGGCUGAAGUCGGUCUUCGAAGAUAUUUUUGCGAGAUACGGACAGGACUUUACAGAUGUCGGAGAUGAGAUUGAUCUUCGGACAGGGGAGAUCGUGGUCGACAAGGGACACCUUCUGGGGAUGCAAGGCGAAGAAGGAGAACACGACUCGGGUGGCAGCGAGCACGAAACCUGGCCCUUUGAGCCGGGUGCACCUGCGCCUACAUCUCCAGGCGGGCGCGGAGAACGCGAUGCAACAGCAAACGAGAAGAUGCAAGGUUGGGACACCCGGCUCUUGGCGGAUGCGGAAGGACCAGCACAGAGCCCUACAAGCGAGCUGUCUACAGCGGAUCAUGAAACCAGCGGCAGAUGGUCUCGGUCUCCUGGUCCAGAAGACGAAGAUGACCGGGCUAGUGUUGAUUCUUUGUUGGACUCGGCAUUUGCUAUUCCAAAUGACGAGAAUCCCGACAAUUCAGGCCCGCAACGGAACUUAUCUCCAGGGCGUCCAGCCGCGGCUCCAACAACAAUCAUGCGUGAAGUGACAGAAAAGGCAAUGGACCCCAUAUGGCGCGUUCCUGACAUUGGCCGGAAGCUGUCCACCCCUGCCUUUCGCCAGGAGGACCACCCACCUCCCACCAGGCACCAUGAUCCUAAACGCCCCCCAUCUCCACCUGGUGCUGGCUCCCUCUGGGCGCUCCCGGAGAGAAAAUAUAGGACCAAGGCCACUCAUUUGCCGAAGGAGGAGGAGGAGGAGGAGGAGGAGGAGGAGGAGGAGAAGGAUGACGAGGCCGAGGCCAAGGAUUUCACCGCCCCGAAACCAAUCCAGACCGUCUGCGCGGUCGACUACCAUGAGCCCUCUGAUGGGAGCGAGUCCGAGGACCCCCUGCAAGAAGAUUUCAUUGUCCAAACCCCGAAAAUGACACCAUCAAGAAGGAAAGGAGGAGGAGGGGGAGGAGGAGGGGGAGGAGCACAGGCUAAGCAAGCCAAUCCGGUCACGUCAGGCAGGACCUGUUCGUUUUGUAAAGGGUACUUCCUCUACGCCAACUACGUGUCGCACCUCCGGACGAUUGUCAUGGCAGGGGUUUGGGACGGGCAACAUGAUAUUACGAAAGUUCAGAAACUACUCAACGAGCUAGAUAGAUUCGAUGAUUCCGUGCGCGCCCCUCCAUCUACCCCCAGCGCCGUGAGAUCGCCCGAGAUUGUUCACGAUGAGGAUACACCCAUGAGAAGCCGACGGGCAAGGACGAUGAUCACGCCUGACGAGGCACGGCUCAUCGUCCAGAUGAAAUAUGUACAAGGCAGCAAUUGGAAGGAGAUCCUCAAUCGCUUCCCCGACAGACAGAUGCCCCAGUUGGUACAGUGGAACAAGAUACACUGGACGGACCGAUGCGCUAAGCCGCCGACGCAGUCCCACCCUUGGUCAGAUGCAGAAGUGGCGCAGCUGAAGACCCUGGCUGCCCAGAUGGGUAACGACUGGGCGACGAUCCGCGCACAGUUCCCCAAUCGUCGACAUGCCGAGCUUGAGUUUGAACUUUUGCGUCUAUGGGUGGUGGAUGACGGUGCCAGCGAACCGGCUUCAAUGCCGACAGCAGCGGCAGCAGCAGCAGCAGCGCCCCGCGAUGUUAGCAUGAGAAAAAUGCGCUCGGGCGAUAGAGAUGAGGCGGAUGGCACCCCGGAAUCCGAGGGUAUCAACACGAAAAGUGGCGCAGCGAUGCACCCAGACCAGGCGGUUGAAGCGCCACAUCAUGCCAUCACUCAUAAUGAUGAGACUCGCGCUUGCCAAGUGGAUGCGUUAAUCUAGAACGGUGGCGAAAAGAAACCAGAUCAAUUUUUUUCAGUUGCGAGGUUGAGAUAGGUACUAUUAUCUGCAAGCUUAUCGUAUUGGCUUGUAUCGACUAUCGUAUCGAUUUUAGUGUAUCGAUAUCGUAUCGUCCUCAAUAUUGGCUUCUCGGAGCGACGGUUCGGCCGUAAGUUCGGAGAUCUGCUGGAAAGUGUAUUAUUUUGCGUC